AUGAAUACACAUGGAUCUGGAGAAAUAUCAAAUUGGGAUUUAACAGAUGAAUCAGCAUCGAUAACUCUAGUUGCUUUCAAUCUUAAUUCGCACAUUAUGGCAGAUAAAAUAAAAAAGGAUAAGACGUUACCACAUCAAUUUCAACUAGUUUGUACAAAUGCAACACGCGUACAAGAAAUUGAUUUACCAUUUGAUCAUCGUCAAAUAUCGUACAACUUUAUACAUUUAAAUCAAGUGAAUAUUCUUCCAUUAAAUUCAAUUAUAGAUGUGCAAAUCCGAGUCUUGCGUGAUUAUGGCAUUUCAACAGGUACGAGAAAUGAAAGUUUAUGGAGUCGACGAGACUUACAUGUUGAUCAAGACGGAGUUCACAUUGGAAUGACAUUAUGGAACAAUCAAGCUCGUUUAAUUGAUCAAAAUAUGGCUGGUCUUAAAAUAAAAUUCAAACGUGUAAAAGUUUCGUGGUUUGAUGAUCAAUAUCAGAAAAAAAUAUCAUACCAUUUUAUUCAUGCGAAUCCAUCUGUAUUAUUUGAAAAUAAUUUUACUCUUGGAUUAUUUAUUAAAGUUCUGAUUCAUUAUUUACUACGUUUAACUGCUGCACAUAAGUGUUCAUCAUUUAAUAUAAAUUUUACUUUAAAAAAAUACACUAUUACUAAUCUAAUUCUACUAUUAACACCAUAUAUUAGCAUAUUACGUUUAAAAUGUACUGAAUGUCAUAUACUUUCAAAUUGCAUUACUGCUGCUGAAACUGCUUAUUUAUUAGUUUUGAAUGCACGUUAUGAAUUCACCGUAGCAAUUGAUCUGAACGUUUAUUCUAAGAACCAACAAUUCAGAUUAUUUGAUUGCGUGAAAAAAGGCAAAGGCAAUUCUCUUCUUCCAUGUACUUAUUUUCUGUUUAAUAAUGGUUCAGAAAUUUCGUAUAUGGAUCUUCUUCAAAAAUCAAUCGUGACUAAUAUUCAACAAAUAGACCUACCAAUAGUUUACCUAGAAAAUAAUCAAUUCUUAUGCAAAUUAAUUAAUACAACCGUUUCAUCACAAUCCGUUUAUUAUAAUCUUAACAAUUUAAGCGAUAUCAAUGCUCAUAUUAAGUUGUUCUUUUCAUCAAAUACAAACUGUGCUUCUAUUUCGAAUUUGAGUAAUUCAAAUAUUACUCCAAUGACUACAUAUAUUAACAUUGAUCAAUCUCAAUAUCAAAUACAACAGUUUAUUCCAUUCGUGGAAAAGAUAAUAAAAUCAGAUACACUCCAUCAAGGUUAUAUUUACUCCUGUGUACGUGGAAACCACAAUAAAGAUCUAUUAUUUUUUAAUAUUGGAGGACAAUAUCGAUUCUGUCCUCGUAAAGGCACACAUCAUCAAAAUAAUACAACAGCAAUUUUAAUAGACAUAAAAAACUACACAUAUUGCAUUCGUUGUAAAGAUCCUGAUUGUAAUAAUUGUUUUUUACUUUGGAAUAGUAUUGAAUAA